AUGGCUUUCAUGGCUGCCUCGUUAUCUGUAGACACAAAUAUGGCAAAGUCUGGGGACAUCUCAAAAACCCAGGUCAGCUCAUUACCUCAGCAUGGUUUGGACGCAGUUAAGAAACUGAUAGCAAAUCACGCCUAUAACCUGAAGAAGCUCCCGCCUUUGGAAAUGUUUUCUGAUCUGAUUGAAGCGAAUCUGACCUACCCAAGCCACUGCUGUGCUUUCGAAAACUGGAAAAAACAAAAAAGCUUCAGUUUGCAUCCAUUCUGCAAUAAAAGUAAUCAUUUAUUUUAUGGAGAACUUAAGACUACGGAAAAGACAUCUGAACACCCGGACUACCAUAUGAGUGAUGGACUAGGCUUCGACCCCAGUGACAACGCUUUCGACUACUAUUUUUGUGUUGACAUGCAGAAUGUUGUGUGUUAUCCUAAGCCGGAUGAAUUCAACCCAUGUGAAGACAUAAUGGGCUACAACUUUCUCCGGAUCCUCAUAUGGUGUAUUAGCAUUUUGGCCAUCACUGGAAAUGUGAUAGUGCUGAUCAUUUUGCUAACCAGUCAGUCAAAAUUUACAGUUCCUAAAUUUUUGAUGUGCAAUCUGUCGUUUGCAGACUUCUGCAUGGGAAUUUACCUGUUGCUCAUCGCAUCUGUGGAUAUAAAAACCAAAAGUCAAUAUUAUAAUUAUGCUAUAGACUGGCAGACCGGAGCAGGAUGUCAUGCAGCAGGAUUUUUUACAGUGUUUGCCAGUGAGCUUUCAGUUUACACACUCACAGCUAUAACCUUGGAAAGAUGGCACACCAUCACCUAUGCCAUGCAGUUGGACCGCAAAGUUCGCUUUCGGCACGCCUUCAUCAUCAUGAUUUCUGGCUGGAUAUUUGCAUUCGUUGUGGCUUUGCUCCCUAUUAUUGGAGUUAGUAGUUACAUGAAGGUUAGUAUUUGCUUACCCAUGGACAUUGAAACUCUACCGUCACAAGCAUACAUUAUCUUCUUACUAGUGCUUAAUGUAUUGGCGUUUGUGGCUAUUUGUAUCUGCUACUCCCAUAUAUACAUCACUGUACGGAAUCCCGAUAUCAUCUCUUCGCACUCUGAUACGAAGACUGCAGUACGUAUGGCCAUACUAAUAUUUACAAAUUUUCUGUGCACGGCUCCCAUUUCCUUUUUCGCCAUUUCCGCGUCACUCAAGGUCCCUCUAAUAACUGUCUCCAACUCCAAGAUACUGUUAGUUCUUUUUUACCCUAUCAAUUCAUGCGCUAAUCCAUUUUUGUAUGCCUUCUUCACAAAAGCUUUUCGGAAAGACUUCUAUACUUUAAUGAGUAAACUUGGCUGCUGUAAAUCACAGGCUUAUAUUUUUAGAACAGAAACAUCAUCUUCCAACCUUAACUCAAGAAAUGGACAUUAUAUUGCUGGGCAGAAAAACAGCACUGGAUCCGUGUACACAUUAGUCACACUCAAUAACCAAAGCUGAAAUGGUGUCCUUUAUAACCUGAAGUUUUUACAGACAGAUUUGUGAAACAAGGGACUAGAACAUCUGGAUCUGGAGGCUGCUGGAGGCUUUUAUUCUGGUUCUUAAAGUUUUCACGUCAGCUAGUGUACUCAUACAGUAUAUAAGGAUUUCUGGUAUAGAAAAGAGUGUAUUUAUGUGUAAUUGAACCUCAAUAUGGCCAAAUUACUAUUGUUUAGUGCCUAUAAUCAUAUGGCUUUGUAUAGACUGUGGGAGCUUUAUGGAGUUGUCUGUGCUAUAAUAUACAACCAUUGAAAUAUGAGAGCCUUUCUGUACUUGCCGUGUUCCUUUGAAUUUUAAAGGACGGACCGUGAGGUCUUUUCUCCUAACUAAUUGUGCUGCGUCCCAACAGAAACCAUAUAACGGAGAUGUCCUCCUGGAACAUUCCUUCCAAAGUAGAACACCUCCUUAUGACGCUUCCUGAUGGAAGCACCAUAUGGCACCAAAUAUUUAAAGAGGUUGCUUGGUAUUGAUUUUGAUAUUGAUGGUCAUUAAUAUCUAAUUGGUGGAGCACCCGUGCUAAUCAGCUGUUUGAAAAUACCAUGGCACUCCUGUGAGCAAUGUGGCCUCCUCACAGCUUACCAAGCACAGCAUCAUACAUUGUAUAGCAGCUGUGCUUCGUAUUGCAGCACAGGCCAAUUUAUUAGAAUAGGACUGAGCGGUGCCUAGGCCAUGUGACUGAUGAACUAGCCUAGGAAGAAGCUGCGGAGCUCACUAAAGCUUUAUGGUCUCUCUUCAACCAGCUGAUCAUCAGCAGUGCUGGGAGUCUGACCCCCACCAAUCAGAUGUUGAUGACCCAUCCAGAAGAGAGGCCAUCAGAAUCAAAAUCCCAGACAAGCCCUUUAAAGGAAAUCUCUCAGCUGCUUCUACUUUUUGAAAGUAAUGCUAAUGCAAUGCAGAUUUAUAUAUAAUUUCAACUAUACCUUUGUUAUCUUUAACUGUAAUUUAACUUGCGUUUACAGCUAUUCAGAUCUUGCUAUGGAGGGUUAACAAGUUAAGACACCCAACACGCUUGGACAUGAUUUUGCCAAUCAUAGUCAGUUGGACCUGCAUGCUGCAGUGCAAACUGCAGGUAUAAUUCCAAUAGUACAGUCAUAACAGGAAUAACAGAGGAAUGUCAGACCCCUAAACUAAUGUGUUCCCUUAAAGUGAUGUUACAUUUCAAAUCCUCAGUUAACAACUAGAGCUCUAAAAUAAAAUGGCUUCCUUGACUGUUCUUAUAGAAAAGAAGCGCUCCUGGAUCUACUUUUAUUAUUUUCCAUGGAUAUACUGUCUUUUAUGUUACAUGCAAAAGGAAAUUGAAAUCGACUCUGUCACACUGUAUAUAUUAGUUGAUUUUGAAUAGACAAACAAGUUAUACAAAAAGCAAUAUUCCCUAAACUGUGUUGUGAUUACAGUGUGCACUCCCCCAGUAUCUGUAUGCAAAGUGCUAAUUAACCUUUAAUAAUGGAUCGGUCAGAUUGCUCCCUAGUCAUUGAAAUGUCAUUGCCACUGUCUGUAAAUGAUUAUUAGCUAAUAAAUGUCAUUUUA